AUGCAAACACUCGGAGUGUCCAAAGAGUGCGAUGGUUGUUCCUUGUCCACCAUGUCGGUCGCUCCCAUUUUCAAAUCCCCAAGUCUUAACGGGUUUUCUGUAUCGGAUCAUUGUAAUUAUGUAUUCAUUCCAUCUUUGAAGAUUUGUUUCAAUGUUGGAUUGAAUGUUGAAAAGAGUCAGGAACAAUUGGUCUCUUCGUCUUCUUCUUCAUCCUCAAGCCAAUCCCGAGAGAGAAGAAUUGAAUUUGUUUGUUUGAAUGAUACCAAGAGUGAGAAUAUUCAAGGCUUGUUGUCCCUAUUGGAAGAACAAGUUCAUGAACGAGAGGGAAAAUUAAAGAUUUUCCUUCCUGCAGGCAGAAUGAACUAUUUGAGAGCAAUUUGUGAAGGAAUUUAUGGAUCUAUUGAAAAAUCUGCUCAAUUUGUUGAAUUGAUUGGUGUUUCAGAUCAUUUCAAAUCGUAUCCAUUGUGGUCCAAUCAUCCGUCUUUGGAAUUGAAGACUUUUCCAGUGAGAGACAUUGUUGAUACUGAGAACAUACAUUGUGAAAUUGGAUACUCUAUUAUUGAAAAGAAGAGAAAACUCAAGACUGAAUUUUUAGAGCAAGUGAAAACAUUGAAAGCACAUGAGAAGAAACAAUUCAUGCAGGACGAUUUGAAAUUCUCUAUCGAGGAGUUCAUUCACUUUUCCAUUGUGAAACAAGUGCUUCCAAAUGAGCGAGUAUUUGAAUGUAACAGAGAGAUUUUACGCAACUCAUCAAUUUUAUGUAUUGGUUGUUCACAAUUUCAAUCUUAUUUGGGAUACAAUUGUGACACUCUUUCUCAAAAGGAAAACCAGCCACCGAGCGAAUCCACGUUGAAUAUUGAAUCUUUGAACUACCACAUUUUGAAUUCGUUCAAUGGAAAUGUUCUCAUUUUGACACAUCUUCCUAGAUCAUUAUGUCUCUAUGGAGAGUGUGACAUGUAUUGCUAUCUCAUUCCUCGUAUUCCGCCUCAACAACGAAACAAGCUCAAACUCUUGACCUACCGAUUGAAGAGGCACCAAGUAGAGAAUUGUCCCUAUACGCUCGAACAGAUUCGAAACAUUCAAAAAGAAAGAAAAUGGGUCGAUUAUGAAACAGAAUACUUGGACAUGGAUCAAUACGAGUUUCGAGAGAGAGGAGUCUAUUUUGGAGGUGGAGAGCAAAAACGAAAAAAGCUUGACUCUCUCUUUAAGAAAUAUCCGCAAGGUUUCAUCACCGCUUACAAGUAUAAGGACAAGUACAUUUCUCGAUCGAGUGCUUUCUCUCUCUAUGAAGAUGGGUAUUAUGAAUUUUUGAAAAACCAUCCUCAACUUUUAGAUUAUAUUUGUGAUACUUGUUGUGACAUUUAUGACACUGAGCCAUCCAAUAUCGAAAGUGGAUAUGAUUAUGAACAGCAAGACUCUAAGGAGAAAGGUACUCAUUUGCAAGAUGUGGCAGUGAGAAGAGCUUUGAAGCGUUUGGGAAGGGAAUUUAAAGGAACUCAGCUGCUCCAGCUUCGUGGUUACAAGUCACCGUUAUACUUUUUGAAUCCGUGUGUCAUACCUUUUCAUGAAAGGGAAAAUAUCAUUCAACCUGAAAUCAUUGAGGAAUUCAUGUUCAAGCAAAGCGUGGAAAGUUUUUGGCAAUCGAAUAAGGUUAUUUUAACGAAAAAGGAAUCAAGAGACCAGUAA